AUGGACUUCUCUAACUGUACAGAGGGGUUCUUCUCCCUGGACGAUGGGAGUGAAGAGGUUUCUAUAAUCCCCCCAAGUAAGAUCCUCCUCACCUUCACCCUGUCUCUGCUCGCUGUCAUGACAACGGCCAUCAACUCCCUGGUGAUCACAGCCAUCAUCGUAACCAGGAAGUUGCAUCACCCGGCCAACUACCUGAUCUGCUCUCUGGCAGUGACAGAUCUGCUGGUGGCCAUCUUGGUCAUGCCCUUCAGCAUCCUCUACAUACAGAGGGAGAGCUGGCAGAUGGGAGAGGCUGUGUGUUACAUGUGGCUGAGUGUUGACAUCACCUGCUGCACCUGUUCCAUCCUCCACCUGGCAGCCAUCGCUCUAGACCGCUACCGGGCCAUCACUGAUGCCGUCGAGUAUUCACGCAAACGCACUGGACUCCGAGCUGGGAUCACUGUCGGCGUGGUCUGGUUUCUGUCCAUCCUCAUAUCCCUUCCCCCUCUCCUGUGGAUGAACCAUGGCGGGGAGCCAGAAGAGGACCAGUGUCUGAUAACUCACCACCACAUCGCCUUUACCCUCUACUCCACCCUAGGAGCCUUCUAUAUCCCCUUGCUCCUCAUCCUUAUCCUAUACUACAAGAUCUACAGAGCAGCUCAGACUCUGUACCUCCGCAGGGGGGCCAGCAGAGGGGCCAGCAGGGCCAGCCGACACUCCUCCAUGGUCAACGGAACCACCCUCCCCUCCUGCCCCCCUGAUGGGGGCCCCGACACCCUGAACCUCCAGGAGAAGUCCUACUCAGACCCCACCACGGAGGGAGACCGCGUGCGCAUUACCGUAAAGAGUCCCCACAGCGAGUCGAGGCGGGAGCGUGAGUGUUCGUUGAGACGGCAGCGUAUCUCAGGGACCAGGGAGCGGCGCGCUGCAUCUACAUUAGGACUGAUACUGGGGGCCUUUGUUGUCUGCUGGCUGCCUUUCUUCCUGAAGGAGGUGAUCGUCAGCACGUGUGGCUCCUGCAGCACCUCCAUAGAGCUGGCUGACUUCCUCACCUGGCUGGGGUACCUCAACUCCCUCAUCAACCCUCUCAUCUACACUAUCUUCAAUGAGGACUUUAAGAAGGCCUUCCAGAGACUAGUCAGGUGUAGGCAUCGCCUCUGACAUGGACGGAGAGGACACACAUGCACACACACACAAACACGUGCACGGCGUUCAGUUCUGAGUUGUGUUGGGCCCAGGAUGGCAUCUGAUUGAGAUAAGAGACUAUCGACAAGAGACUUUAAAUUAUUAACCGGAGGAAAUGACCUUAGAGACUAUGUCAAGACUAUGAGACACUCCAGCCAGGUCAGUCUAAUGGGACUGGCACAUUGCUGAGGUCUGGAGGGAAGUUAGGAGGACCUCAGAUCCAUAGGAGUCUAUUUAUGGAGAGCCCUGCAAUCAUCAUCUUCUUGUGUGUAUGGGUUAUUGACGUGGCUGGAAUGGUGUUGAAUGACAUUGAAAGGACAAUGUUUAAAUGACAGACUGAAACAGAUGAAGCGCUAGGGUGAAACUAUGGAUGUAGACCAUCGGCCUCGAUCUUUCCAAGGUCUCAGAAAAGCUUUACCAUGGUGUUUCUGUCUGUUCUAUAACUGUCAACCUCCCCAAGCUAGUCUGCUCUGAAAUAAAACGUAU